AUGUCUGAAAAAAAAAUAAGAAAGAAGUACCAUGACAAAAUAGACUUCAAAUUGGAUCUACCUGACACAAACAAUAAAAAGGAAAAAGCUAGAUAGAGUGCCAAAAACACUAGAUAGAGGAAAAAGGCAUACAUUGACAGUUUAGAGUAAAAGGUUUUAAAUUAAUAAAAGUGUGAGGUGGCUUAAUUGACAGCUCAAUUGAAUUAGAAUAAGAAAGUGGAAUCCAAGCCUAGUUUGAUGUAGCUAAUGGAACAGUUUUUGAUUGAUAGAAAACAAUAAUUCGACAUGUUGGAGAAAGCAUAUUAAGAGGGAAAUGAGGCUAAUAUUAAAGUGAUUACUAAUUCGUUAAGAUUUAAAUACGGUAUAUCUGGUCAAGGUCGUUUGAUGGCAAUUAAUAAAGUAUUUGAGUUGCUUAUAGAUUUAUUAUUGCCAAUGCAUAUGAGAUAUCUAUUUUGGGUUGCUUCAGAGGGUAAACUAAUUCUCAAUAUCUUAGAUGUUGACAUAUUCAAAAGAGAAAGAUAAUCGAGUGAGUUCUAUUCCUUUGAUAUGAGUGAUAGCUAAAUAAAUUGCUUAAAUUCAUUUGGAUUAGACGAUGAUUAAAUUCUAAAAAUAUAAAAUAUGCAAUAAACAAUACAAGAGUAAAGAUCUCAUUACGAUAAUCUAAUUAUUGAGAUCUAUAAAAUACAGCAAUCAAUUAUCAAAGAAAGUGAGAAAUGUUAAACUAUAGUUGAUGAAAUAUGGGAUGUUCUGGAACCCAAAUAAGCAGCCGGAUUAUUAAUUACAUUAGAUAAGGCAAAUUUAUUUUCUAAUAAUAGAGUCGAAUUGAAUAAUUUAGGGAGAAGAAAGUAUAUCCUGAUUGUGUAAUUUUAACGCUUUAAAAGAGGGCGAAAGAAGAAAUAUAAAGAUAAUAAUAAUUUUCCUAUUUUGAAAUGA